AUGGCGGGCGAAGGCGAGCGCGCUUCGCGUCCGAAUUCGCUGCUGUUGGAGGCACCGCCGCCGGAGCGCGAGCCGCUGCACUUCGAUGUGCAGCUUGUCGGCGCGCCGCCGGAGGUCGAGCAACUCGUCAAUAACAUCAAACAGGUCGCUGAAGACUUCCUCUAUCACUGGAAAACUUUUCCCAUAGGGCUAAGGGCUAUAAGUAAUGAGUACAAUAAAUCCACAGUUCUCCCUCCAUCCCGUUUCACGGGCCCAGGCAACCGUCCUUCAGAUAUCAUCGUAGCCCCACCAUGUGAUGAACUAGAUGCUGCAGCUCUUGAUGCUGGAGUAGAGCCUCAUCCACUUUCACCCAAGCAACUGCAUGCCAUCAGGGAAAAAGGUGAAUUCGAAGUUCCCUCGCGCCAUUUCCCUGGACAAACCCACGUUUGGCGCGUAGCACCAUGGCUGCAGCGAGGUCGAGUGAGAGCUCGAGAAGAACUUUACUGUCACGUGGCCAGAGCCCUCGCGCUCAUUGUGGUGGUGGCCAGAGACCGAUUGAUGCGGGAUGAACCGCUGUCUGUAAUCGCAGGAGCGAAAUCUUUGCUGCAGGGGUUGCAUAGAUUACUGGACCUGGCGUUUGGUAUGCCAUCUUUAGAAGCUCGCGAUCUCGAGAAAAAGAUACGAGAAGAGAGGUCACGAUACUUGGUAGCAGAACUGAUAUGCAAGCCUGAACAUCAAGAGGAUAUAGCUGCCUUAGCUGCGUGGGUGACUCGAGCGAUGCGCCGCGCGGCUUCGGAGAAAGCAGACGCCCGCGAACACAACCGCCCCCCACCACCUGUGCCUUGUCUCUACACCACUCCACAGCGCACACAGGUGGAUCUACGUCUUUAUCGGCGGGAAGUUUUACGUCGAGCUGCUCCGACUCUUCAAGCUUUAUUGGAGCGAGAAGCGCGGGGUUGGUUCCUACACUUCAGAGAGAGACGGGCUGCACACCUAGCUAGUCAGAAGAUGCCCAUGAAAGAUAUUGAGGAGGAGGUGCGCGAGGCCGCGAUGCGCGAGUACGUGUCGCGCGUGUGCGGCGCCGUGCUGGGCAGCGAGGCGCUGAGCGCGCUCGGGCCCGACGUGCCCGCGCUCCUCGCCGCGCAGCUGCGCGCCUCCGCCAUCGUCGCCAGAGCGGAGGAAGGCGUACGACGUAAGUUAGAAGCCGGUCUAGCGACAGCCGAAGCCCGCAUCCGAGCCACCCAUCCCAUUCUAUCCCGGGCAGCGUCGUGGCGUUCGGAGCGGCUGUCGCUGGCGGCCAGGCGCCUCACCGCCGAACUGCGCUGGACGCACAUGGAGGACGCCGCUGCAGACAUGUUGGCUCACAAACUGCAUCAGCAUCGGUACUUCUUGUUGAGGGAUUUGGCCUUCUUGAGGGACAGAGAACCACUACUUAUGAAGGAGCUACGCCUCGCGGUAUCUCCGACCCGCACGUUCACGUGGGCCACCCGCAUCUGGCGCGCGUCCAACUGGGUCGUGGUGCGCCACUUCAGGGGCCGGCGCGAGCGCGUGCCCACCGUGCUGUCCACCAGGGCCACGUCCAUCGUCACGCCCCGCUCCGACCCCUCGCAGCCCGUGUUCCUGGUACAUCGAGACACUUCCAGAACUACCACUACGAGGUGGUGCUCGUGGCGACUGCUUAAUCUAGCACACAGAACAUGGUGUUGGAGCUGGAACAUAAUGUUCGUGCUGGGCAUCCUAGUCCCGUGGUGCUCGCCGAUCUCGCUCCGCACGCUCCUCUGCAUCAAACCUUUCGUACCAGACUUAGAACUGUCGCAGGUAAACGGUACACUGUUCCCCAAACGCAGUAGUGAAACACAGACUAUGUGGUCACGGUUGCUGACUCUCUGGCGACACGUGUCUAAGGAGAGGACUCGGUUCGAGACUGAACCGGACACAGGUUUGCUGGGCAAAGGGCUGAGUCGCGGCGCCAACCGCGCGUGGAACUACGGCGUGGUGGGCGGCGUGGGGUCGGCGCUGCUGCUGCUGCUGUUCCCGCUCGUGAGCCUCGUGAGCUGUGCUCUGUGCGCGGCGCUGGCGCUGGCCGCCCCGCUCUGGGUGCCGCCGCUGGCGCUGCUGCUGCACGUGGGCGGCGUGCUCAUCUACGACAUCGACUGUCCGAAUCCCGAUAAGAUUAACAGAUGGUUCGUGUUAUUAGAAGUGUUAAUAUGGCGCAUUGGAGUCCUAGGUCUGCUACAGCCGAUUGCGGCGCUGAUAUUGGCCCUAGUACUCUGUCCACUUGCUGCUCUCCUCUUACUCGUUGGUGGCGUGGCGUGGUGGGGCGCGCGCGGGCUGUGGGAGCAGGCGGCGUGGCGCGGCGUGCUGGCGCGGGGCGCGCGCGUGCCCGCGCACGACUCCGCCUUCUGCCGCCGCGUGCGCGGGCCCGGCCUGCACACGCGCACCUACUACCAGAUCACGUGCGGGCAAGCUUUAGCCGCGGUGUGCGCAAGAGCAGAGCUGGAAGCGUUGUCCCUGUGGGUAACUGAGUUGGAGCACGCUAUCGAACGACCUCUUAGAGACUACGAGCAUUUCGUGGACGCCUGCUUUGGGCCGUUCUCUGUACAAAUAGCUAAGACUGGAGCUUAUAAGCAGCUAGAAAAGGAAUGUCACGACUUAACAGCAUCGCUAAGGGAAAAGGCGGCUGCGAGAAGACGAGACCUAGCUCUCGCUCUCAGCGAUGCAGCGAGGGCGAGAGUGCGGAUGACGUCACAUGAUCUCACGCGCUGUGUGCACGCGUGCGCGACGGAGCUGGCGCGCGCGAGCGGUGCGGCGGCGCGCGCUGACGACUGGUGGGCGGCGCGCGGCCUCGACCUCAACGACUGGCACGCGCUCGCAGCCAACACGCUCGUCGAGGUGUUCGACGCGGAGGUGCUGGUGGCGCUGGAGGCGGGCGAGGCGCGGCUGGCGCUGGAGCGCGGCGAGGCGGAGCGCGCGUGGGCGGCGCGCUGCGGCCGCGACACGGCGCCGCCCGACGUGCUCGCCGAGCGCGACGACUGGGCCGCUCCGUCUGGUGUGUGGUGCGAGUGGGGCGGUACCGCGCUGCCCCGCGUGUCCGCGCCGACGCUGGAGGCGAGCGCGUUCAGCCCGCGCGCCCCCCUCCACCCGCCCGUGCCUCACCCCGCCGCCGUGGCCAUCGUGCUGCAUAACCGGGAAUCAGAUAACCCGGUGCCUCUGGACUCAGAGCUAUGCGCUGAGAUACUUAGGAGUUUAGAAGAUGCGCCCGACUGUGAUGAGAAGAGAGAAGAGGGAGAUGUGGAACGUUACCGCGGUGGCGGCAGUUCGGCUGAUUCCAGUAGCGCUCCAAGCGAAGGUUCUCCGGAUGAUGAGGAAACCGCUGCAGACCUGACCACACCACAUCAACCCACUCUCCAUAACGAAGAUGGGUUAUGCAGGGUGUCAGGCGUGGGACGUGGCAGUCGCGCGGCGUGCCGCUGGACGCUGACGGGGCGCGGCGUGCGCCUGCGCGCGGACCUGGCCAGCCCCGAGGACGUCACGCUCGACCACGAGCGCGCCGCUGGCACCUCCGUCUGA